AUGGAUUUUGACUUCAUCACCAACGGACAUGUCCAAAACUUGCAUUCCAUUGAUAGCAAAGGAGGCCAUUUCAUAGUGUUUGGAUGUGAGAACAUGACCUUCACAGACCUAACCCUAAAAUCCCCCGAGAACAAUCACAACACAGAUGGAAUCAAAAUAUCCCAAACAAAUGGGAUAAACAUCACAGGUGUGAAAAUUGGCACUGGCGAUGACUGUGUUGCUAUGAUUUCUGGCACUAAGAAUGUUCGGAUUUCAAAUGUCGUUUGUGGCCCUGGUCAUGGAAUUAGUGUUGGAAGCCUUGGGAAGAAUGAUGGAGAAACUGAUGUGGAAGAUAUUGUUGUCAAGAAUUGCACAUUUGUUGGUACUAGCAAUGGUCUUAGAAUUAAAACAUGGGCUGCUCCAUUGAAGAAAAAUUUGAAGGCUUCAAAGUUCGUCUAUGAAGACAUUGUCAUGAAUAAUGUGCAAAAUCCCGUUGUCAUUGAUCAACAAUAUUGUCCACUACAUCAAUGUGACCUUAAGGUUUGUGCUUCUAGCUAG